GGAGGCCUCUGAUAAAUUCAUUGCCAUUUUCUUAAACGCACCUAUAUUUUAACACUUUUGUAUUGCACUGUGGUCUCAAAAUAUUACGUAAUGCGAGUUCGUUAUCCCAUAGGUACCAAAGAACAUCGCCUCUGAAUGCUAUGCAAGGAACGCAGCUUCAUUCUUGCUAAUCAUUUCCUUAACAAGUUUUAAUUCGGAUUUCUUGAACAGAUAAGUAUGGAUGUCUUCAACUAUCGAUUCGAAGAUCGAACAUGGCUCACCCGGUAUGGUGGACUACUAGUCCUAGUAUGUUGACGAGUCAAUAGUAUGGCAGCUGUAAGAAGUGUUAUCUACACAUGUUGCCUUGUGCCAAAUAUAUAACAAUGAUUCGAGAAACUCCCAUCCUUUCAAACGGAACUUUGGAACUUAGCGAACACAACGUUUUCUUACAAUAAUUCCCUUUCUCUUUCCCUGAACUGCAGAAUAAGGAGUCAAUUAAGUAGAUUGCUUAGGUAAGCACAUUAGGUAAUCAUUCUCGUCCCGGCGCCUAUGGCCCGUGCGCGAGGACCUGUUUUUACCACCAUCAAACCUUAUGUAAUAUCCCUUCCACUACACCUAAACAAAUCAAGCGGUUUCCUCACCGGGACGUCAAAUGCCUGAAUAAAAUACCUACUACAUCGGAUAUUGCAAGUAGCUUACAUGACUGUACCAUCCAUAGAAGUUACCGACAAGCAACCGCCACAAUGCGCGACGACCGCACCCACCCCCUCCUAGCCCAAGUACCCCUAACCGUCUCCCCCUUCGUCUCGCUCCCGACGGCCGCCACACUGCCCUACACAUACAAGACGAUGCCAUCGACGCUACCAGCUCCCGCGUCGGGCGUCACCGGCGCCCCUCCUCCUCCCCCUCCUCAACAACAACAACAACAACAACAGCAGCAACAGCAGCAACAACAGCAAAGGCCCAAAUACGUGAUCGCGCCAUCGGGCCACGCCGCGCACCCCCACGACAUCGUCGCCUCGUGCGAGGCCCUGCGCGCCCACGUCGCCGCCAAGGAGGCCGAGGCCGAGCGGCGGCUGCGCGACCUCGAGGACCGCGCGCGCGCGCGCGAGCUCGCGGAGAAGAGGCGCGUUGCGCCUGGGUGGCUGGAUAGCGAGGCGAGGCUUUUGCAGCCCGAGCGUAGGCCUGGGUCUGGGCUGGGUGAGAUGGGCGAGAUGGGUGAGAUGGGUGGGGAGGGAGAGGGAGAGGGGAAUGGUGAGGCGGAGGUUGCGGGGUUGGUUGCGGAGAUGAGUAUUCAGGGUGCUGGGGGUGGGGAGAGGGGAGGAGGAGGGGGGAAUGGGAGUGGGAGUGGGAGUGCGGUGAUUAGUGAGAUGGCGGUUGAUCAGGGGGAGGAGCUGGAUCGUGCUUUUGGUGGGUUGAGGUGAUGCGAGAGGAAGGGUAUAGGGGAAUGGGCGUUCGGAAUGAAAUUAGGUUGUUGCAUCGUGUUUUUACGUGUUUGUUGGCGUAAGGAUUAAGCAUAUGGUUGGGGCGUUUGGGAGGGUGAAGACUGCCGGUGUCAUGAAGGGGUUAAAUCGAGGCUACUUCCGUCCAUUCUGGUUUGCAAAUUUCUACAUAUGGCGCGAGCGAUAUGAUAUUCGUAUAUGUUGAAGUCGCCAUGAUAUUGAUAUGAAUGGUUUCCUAUGGAAAUGUUCUGCGGUACGGAAUCCCCCCUGAUUACUCAGACACCUCAAAACUCGUCCACACCACAACUAGUAUCGUACACAGUGCUAUCAGGUGGUCAAUCCACCAGGCAGCAGUCCACCCCCUCCAAAGUGAGAGUUAAAUAGCACAAUACAGUCCCAAAAUUUCACCGGCGACAUUCACACCAGGGC